CGGCCAUGGAGACAAGUAAGUCCUAGUUUUCUGGGAGUAAUGAUACGCCCGCUUCCUGGAAAUCUCGCUAAUCGAAGUCUUGCCGAUUGCAGCUUCUCGCAAAGCGCCCUCCGAGCGCCGAGUGGUGAUCAAACGAGAGCGCGAAGCCUCAGUUCAAUUAGAUGCGCCGGCGAGCUCGCCAGCUAGCACGCGAACGUCGUAUAACACACGAUCUACAGAAAAUAUAGCUUUAUCAACCAAUAAUAGCCCAACCGGUCCGUCCAUCAUUCGAGUGACCGUGGAACCCCGGCCCGGGUCCAAAACGGUCCCAUUUCCGCCCGCGCUGAAGACUCUCCUCGAAGAAUGGCAUGAAAAGAAGGGACGAAAGAUACCACCGUGCAAAUACUUUUACCAGAAAAGAAGAGGAGGCUCGGUGGUCUCACAGGCGUAUGAUCGAGAGGGCAAGGAGGUGAAGAUGACAGAGUUCUCAAUUUCAACGCCCGUCGCAUACGGAGUCCUUGUUGCGCAUUACCCCGACAAUUCUGCCAAGCUCGUUUCAAGUCUAUUUCCGGGCUCCAGGAAGCAUGGGUCCUACUAUCGAGGUUGGUCAGGUAUCGGACAUGGCUUUGAGGAAGAGGCCACUGUUGUACGACAUUUUGCGAAUUCCAAAAUCCCCGAUGUGACAUAUCGACCGGAGGCGUGGCCAGCGUUGGAGGAGUUGCUCAAGAAAGAUGACCACAAGAAGGGUCAGCCAGCGUCUACUAUGCAGGAGGCUAGAUCAUCGCCUUCGCCGGAAACACGAAAACGAACCGCCACUCAAGAAUCAAUCAAUGCGACUCCCGCAAAAAGACACCAGACACACCAGCAAGAGAGCUCCUCAUCUGGGUCGGAAGAGACCGAUAGCUCCGAUGAGGAUGAAGAGACUGAUGAGGAAGAACCCGAGGGGGAGGAGGAAGAAGAGAAGAAAACAAGGGUCAAUCAGAAACCCACUGUCGCAAGCAGCCAGAACAAUGGAGCGGAACCACAGCCAGCCAACAAGCCACAGCUGAGGUUCAGAUUGACCUUUUUCAAGUUUAGGAUACAAAACGUCCGUGAGUUUCCUGAGGGCGAAUGCAAGACUGGCAAGGAGCUUUCCGAAAAAGCGAGUGCGUUCUUUUCAAUAUUCGACGACGCUAUUCAAGUCAAAGUCCUGUCAUGUCAGAUUGCUUCGCGCCCAGACCAGCACUAUAUUUUCUCAGGGAGCGAGGGUGAAUUUAAUCUUCUUUUGCUUCAGGCUCAAGAAGCUGCAUCAGCGUUGGGCAAGCCAUUGACCAUCGAAGUCGGCCUUGUCAGGUCGUAGUUACGUUCGUGACUCACUGUGUACUUAAUAUGAGGUCUUGAU